AUGGAUUUAGCCAACAAACUCGGCGACGACAAGGGCAUCACUGAACAUUUGAAACUCCCAAUUCAAAGAAUCAACGACUACCAACUGCUCCUAAAGGAACUAGUAAAAUACUCAACUCGUCUCGGCGAAGAUUGUUCUGACCUACAAAAAGCUUUGGAACUUUUCCUUGGUGUUCCAAAUCGUGCUACUGACAACAAAUUCAUCGCUAGCAUCGAAGGCUACCGUGGGAACAUCUACAAGCUUGGUCGUCUGCUCACCCACGAUUGGUUUACAGUCACUGAUACUGAGGGGAAAGCUAGAGAAAGAUAUAUAUUCCUGUUUAAGGCUAGAAUCCUCAUCUGUAAAGUCAAGAGGGUCGCUGAUGAUCGCUCCGUGUUUGAAUUGAAAGAUAUCAUCAAGUUACCGGACGUCGAAGUGAAAGACAUCCCUGGUGACCAAUUCAAGUUUGAUCUCUGCCAGAAGAACUCCCCACUUAGUAUAACUCUUACAGCUCACAAAGAGCAAGUCAAGACUAACUGGCUCGCUGAGAUUAGACAACACGCCAGUGACGUUGUUGCGUUAGCGGAACAUGCAGCUGAUGACCUUCAAGUGCUACCACCUGAAUUUGUGCCAAUAGAACCGGAGCCUGAGCAAAAGAAGAAGAGGGAGCAUACAGAAGUUACUGAAGCAGAAGAAGCUCAAGAGAAACGUUCUCGCAUUGAAGAAGUUCACACUGAAGAAGUUCUAACAGCAAAAGAGCCCCAACAACUUCAAACUAAACGAAAAGCAUCAUUGGACAGAGAGGGAGAUAUUAAAAUAUCAAAAACUGAAAUUUCUUCAGAUAGUGAAGUACAAUCAUUUGAAGUCAGUUUUAGUAGAGCACAAAGAAGUGAAGUUACUAGCGCUACAGAGACUAAAUCUUCUGUAACUGUAGAAACCUCUAAAGUUACAGAGAAUACUGCAUCUGCUUCAAUAUCAGAACAAACUAGCCUAGUAACAGUUUUAGCUGCAUCUGAUGUAAAGGCUUCACAAAAACAAGAUACACAUAAAAGUUCUAUUCAAAACUCAAUUGUAGAACAGUCAUCUCAAGAAAUCACACAGAAAGAUUUAAAUAAUACUCAAGUAACUGAUACUGCAACAUCGGCUCAAUCGGUCACUAUUAAACAAUCUGUAUCACUAUCAGCAACUCUUGAACUAGAGUCUAACGAACAACACUCUAACGAGACCGUUCAAGAACAGAUAACUGAACAGCAAAUUUCAAACAAAGAGAGUACACCAAAAGUUGAAGAGUUACAAGCAACUGUUUCAUCAAUACAAUCCAAUGUUGAAGAAAUAACUUCCCGAGAAAGUAUUCAACAAUCCGUUUCAGAAAAGACAGAAGAAGUUAGUUCAACUGGCGUUGAAUCGAAACAACAAGCUGUUACUAAUAGUGAAACUGUAAACACUGCGGAAGUUGCUGACGAAGAGAUGUCUAGGUACAGCAGCCGCAGUUCGCGGCUGUCUGGAGAAUACUCUAGUAGCAAUCGAAAAUUAUCGAGUGGAGGUCGCUACGAGUCCUCAUCCACUUAUGAGGGUAGUGGACUUACAUCAUCUUAUUCACGUCGUGAGAGUGGAUCGCGCUUAGAAUCUUCUAAAUACGAGUCAGUAUCAGCUCUCGAAGGAUCUGGUUCCUCUCGCUACGAAUCUAAGUAUUCAUCAUCAUCCAAAAUUGACGGAGGAUUAACACACGGAAUCGAAUCAAGCUACGAGAAUAAAACUGAAAGCUCAAAGUAUGGCGAUGAAUAUAAUUCUGCUGCUAGUAAACUUGACAGCAUCGCUUCCAAGUACGGACUUGAGUCCAAGUAUACUACCGAAACUGAUACUACCAGUAAAAUUGAUAGCAUCGCCUCUAAAUAUGGUAUAGAAUCUAACCAUGAAAGUAAAACUGAAAAAGUUAAUUACGGUAUCGAGUCUGACACCGCUAGUAAGAUUGACAGCAUAGCUGCAAAAUACGCUUCAAGAAAAUAUAGUGUGGAAACAAGCAUUGAUAGUGAGAAAGUAGACGGAAUUUCUUCUAAAACUGAGAGUAGUUAUGAAACUGUUAAGAAUGGCGAUUCUUACAAGAGCAAGUAUUCUAAAACUGCAAUCUCUAAUGGGUCAAUAAAUACCAAAUCUGAGCUAUACGAUGGCAAGCCCUUGUUCACGACCACCUUAGAAGGCCAAAAUAUUGAGCCUGGUGAAAAUGCUAUCUUCAAAUGUGCUCUACGUGAGAGUGCUGACGUGAAGGUAACAUGGCUGAAAGACAACAGGCCUUUCCCCAAUGUUUUGAUGGACCGUUGCGUUAUCACCUCUGAAAAUGAUGGAAGCCACAUGAUGGAAUUAAAACAUUGUAGAGAAGAUGACACAGGUGUAUACACGGCUAUAGCUGAAAACUUAAAUGGAAAUACUCAUUGUACUGCUCAGUUAGUCGUUCAUGAGUUAACAGCCGAAGAGAGAAAAGAAAGAAAUGCUCUCAAGGCACCAUACUUCCUAGUCGCGUUAAAGGAUACUGCGAUUAUGGAGAACACAUAUCUGCGCUUCAUGGUCAAAGUCAAAGGCGACCCUAAUCCUGAAGUGAAAUUCUACCGUGAUGAUAAAGAAAUCUUCACAUCGUCGGAAUCAGAUCGCGUGAACAUAGUCCGCACUCGCGCCGAUCGUGGAUGUUAUGAACUGGUCAUCUCCGAUGUUCAACUCUCUGACGCUGGGAAGUAUUCCUGCAGAGCGAUGAACAUCUACGGAGAUGUAACUUCAGAGGCCACUGUUACUGUAGUUGAUGACAAGAAUAUUUUUGGUGAACUUCUCCCUGGUGGCGAAGGUCUAUUGGAAAAAGGAGAGAAAGCGAACUUCACUUGGAAGCGAGAUGGGCAACCCUUCGAUCCUGAAGAAAGAUUUAAAGUACUGUUGGGCGACGACGAAGAUUCCCUGGCCUUGGUAUUCCAGCACGUGAAGCCAGAAGACGCAGGCAUCUAUACUUGCGUCGCCAAAACCAGUACCGGCAACAUCUCCUGUUCUGCCGAACUUACUGUGCAAGGUGCUGUUCAUGAACUCCACCGAGAGCCUGAGAAGCCUACGCUUGUCAUUGAGCACCGAGAGGCUAUCGUGUCAGCUGGAGCUUCAGCUAUGUUAGAACUGCAAUGCAAAGGUUUCCCCAAACCAUCCAUUUUGUUCAAACACGAUGGUAAAAUUAUCGAGGCAGACACCAGACACAAGUUCCUCUACGAGGACGAUGAAAGCAUGUCCUUAGUAAUCAAGAACGCCACCCAAGCUGAUGCUGGCGACUACUACAUCACAGCUACAAAUGAAUUGGGAGAAGAUUCUACUACAAUGCACCUUGUGAUCAAAGCCGCUCCCAAAAUCAAAAAGAAGAUCGAAAACCAGACCUGCAUGACGAGCUCCACCCACACCGUGACCGUCGAAGUGGAAGGCACGCCGACCCCUGAAGUAUCAUUCUACAAAGAUGGAGUAGAAAUCAAGAGUAGCGAACGCAUUCAAAUCGUGAAGGAAUCAGAACAGAUCUACAAGAUCACCAUUAAGGAUGCUAAGCUCACUGAUUCUGGAUCAUAUUCAGUCGUUGCCAAGAACGAAGUAAAUCAGUGCUCAGACUUCUGGCAGUGGCACGUCACAUCACCACCGAGGGUAAUUAAGAAGAUGGGUGAAACUAAAGUCUGUGAGGAGAAGGAAACCGUCACUUUCAAGAUUGAGACGGAGUCUGAACCAGCGCCAUCUGUUAAAUGGUUCAAGAAUAAAAGUGAGAUAACCGAAUCAUCGUCUAUUAAAAUCUCUUCAUCCGGUCAAGCUCAUUCUCUGGUGGUGACCUCCGCAGCUCGAGCUGACGCUGGCGAAUACUCGUGUGAGAUCCGAAAUGUCCACGGCAGCGCCUCCGACUCGUGCUUACUCAAUGUCCGCACCGGACCCCAGUUCACUCAGAAGCUCAAGGAUACCACCGCUAGUGAAGGAGACGUCAAUGUGGAAUUCACGGUCUCUGUGGAAGCGUUCCCUGAACCUACCGUCAAAUGGUACCUCGGUGACGUAGAAAUUACUGAGAAGAAAUCAGUAUUCACUCGAAUAGACAGUGGCAACACUCAUAAGUUAAUUCUCAAAGAAGUAUCCUCUGAGUUGUCUGGCAAUUACUCCUGCAAAGUCUCUAACGAGCUCGGUGCUGACUCCUGUUCUGCUACAUUUACAGUCAACAGAAAACCACGCAUCACCAAGAGCCUGAUCGACAUGACAGUAGAGGCAGGACAGACCUUGACAUUGGACGUCGAAGUUGAAGGCUCUCCAGAACCAAAAGUCAAGUGGUACAAAGAUGGCAAAGAAGUCAACACAGAUGCCAGGAUUAAGAUUGAAAGAGAUACGAAAAGGCUGGAGAACUACCAUCUCACCGUUACUUUGGUAAAAGAAGAAGAUGGAGGAGAAUAUGAAGUAAGAGCUGAAAAUGAAAUGGGUAGUGUCUCGUCAAAGAGCACGGUCACCGUACAUACACGAGAGGUUCAUUCGAGGUUCACUAAAGAAGAUGUGGUUGAAAAUGAGAUCGAUGGUGAUAGUAUACAGGCGAAAAAGGUGUUGGAAGAUGAUUUGAGUAAAGUAGAAAAACAGAAAGCAAAGAAAGAUAAGACUAAAGCAGAAAUCGUAGAAGAAAAAUCAAUAUGGGAUGACGAAGAUGACGAUAAAGUUAGAAAAGUGGCUGUAAAUGAAGUCGACGAACCAUCAAAGAGAACAGCCAAAAAAUCUUUUACGGAGCCCGAGGAAGUCGAAGAAAAAUCUUUCUGGGAUGAUGUAGAUGACAAUAAAAGCAAACAGCCUAUCAUUGACGAACCAGAUACUCCAAUUCCUAAUAAAGCUGCAAAGUCUGCUACUCCAGCAGAAGUGGCUGAAGAAAAAUCUUUCUGGGAUGAUAUCGAUGAUGAUAAGCCUAGAAAACCUGUGAUAGAAGAAAUAGAAUCAUCCCCGAUUGAUGCUGGAAAGAAAUCUUUCUCUGAACCAGAAACUGCUGAAGAAAAGUCCGUUUGGGAUGAAAAUCAUAAUGAGCAAAGUAAGAAGCUUCUGGUUGAAGAAGUUGUGAAUAAGAAAGAAGUGGGAGAAAGCGGAGCUACUAAGCCAGAGCUUAUUGAAGAAGUGCCUUUACCGGAAGACCUAAAGUCACCCAAGCGUAAAUCGGUUAAAAAACAAGCAACUGCAGAACCGUUAAGUGCUGAGUCUGAAGGUCCGGCCGAAACGCGCACUUUGCACAAAAUGACGUCAAAAUCAAUUUAUUAUGAUGAUGACGAUGAUCUUAAUGGAAGAAGAAUUUUACAUCCAAAUAAUCCUCACACUACAUCUUUAGAAGUUGAAGAAAUAGCUAGUCAUAGUUACUUUUUAACUGAUACGGGUCACUAUACAAUACCUGAUCAUAUACGAAGAGGUGUAUAUGGAAUCAUUGAAGAGCCGCAAACUGAUUCAGAAGCUGAUAGAGCAUCACGAUGUGGCAGACAGGGUUCAAACCGUACCUUAUCAAUUAUGUCUGUCUCAGAAGAUGAAAUGAGUUGGCAAAAUGAAUCUUUAUCUAGGGAGAUAUCUAUUGAAGAUCUUUCUAAAUCUAUAUUUGAUAUCGAUGAAAAUAGAAAAGUUUUCAGUAAAGAUUCAUACGUACGCCAGUCCUCUUAUAAAGAAGAUUACUUCUUAGAUGAAGACAAAGAAGAGUCAGUAAUUGUUAAAGAAAAGUCACAAAAAGUAUACGAGAACGAUAUCACAGACAAACUUAAACACAUAUCGAAGGAAUUCGAUAACGAUAUGAUAGCACUUGACAAAAAAAUAGAAGACGUAAAAAAUAGAAUUUUCGAAGAGUUAGUAUUAAGCCCUAUAAAACAUGUUGGUAAUAUGACGAAAGACAUAACAGAAAUGUCUGUAGAAAGGAAGAAAAUAAGCGAAACUAAACUAAAGAGUUUGGAGGAGGAGGAGGAAGUGGAUGACGACCUGGAAGCUCUAUUAAAACGAAGCCAGAGACAAAGAAGUAUUCUAGAUGAUAUUCUAAAUGAGGAGGUUGAAAAAGCACCACCCAAACUCGACCAAAGCAAUAUGAAAGACGGCCAUGUCUUCGAAUCCCUCCCCUUAGUCUACACGGUCCAAGUUGCUGGUACUCCGAAACCUACGGUCCGUUGGUUACACAACGGCAAGGAGGUCAAACCUAGUGGCAGAGUCCAAAUCACCAAUGAUGGAGAUCUGUACAAAUUGGAAAUUGAUAGCGUUCAAAUGAAGGAUGCAGGUCCUUGGCAAUGCGAAAUUAGUAAUAACCUCGGCAAGCAAGUGCUUAAAGCAGAACUGUCGGUAUCACCUGAAGCCGAGCUCCGCAAACCAAAGUUUACUACCCCACUUGAAGCUCAAAGCGUGAUGCAACGAGAACCUGUUACAAUGCAAGCAGUAUGCACGGCUGACCCUCAGCCACAUGUGUCUUGGCUCCUCAACGGAGUUGAACUUACACCUGAUGCAACCGUCGUCACCUCUGCCGAUUCUAAAGAAAUCGAGAACGGCUUGAAGGAGUGCACUUUUACCUUACACAUACCUACUGGCCGUCAUACUGACACUGGCGACUACACCAUCCAAGCCAAGAACAAAUAUGGUCUCGGCGAAUCUUCAGCCCGUCUGGAUAUUCUCAUGAGACCGGAAAUCGAAGGAUUGAAGGACGUCACCGCGGUACCAUAUGAGGAGACAACCUUUAUUGCAAACAUCAGAGCCAAUCCCAUCGCUGAAGUUAAAUGGAGCAAAGACGGCUACACAAUCCAGCCGACUUCUAACUAUGAAAUCAUAGAAGACAAAGCUAACGAGAAGUAUCAGCUUACUAUCAAAAGCAUCGGCGUCGACGACGCUGGCGUUUACGCUGUUACUGCUAAGAAUAAAAUCGGCGAGGCAUCGCAACAGGCCAAACUUACUGUUCGAACCGGUGAGCCAGUCUUCACCAAAUCCCUUCAAAAGGAAACCGUAAAGGACUACGAUGAUGCUACUUUCAAGGUUCGCUGUGACGGUGUACCCAAGCCCGAAGUACACUGGUACCGUGACGGUAAAGAGAUCGUUAAUGAUGAACGACUCACCAUCACCACUGAAGUUGGAGGACAAGUUGACAGUGAGCUGGCUAUUAAGAAAUUCAACGCUAGUGAUGCUGGCAAGUACAAAGUACGAGCCGUGAGUAUGGCCGGAGAAGCAGUUUGCGAAGCCAUCAUCUCCUUGGCAACGAGUUCGCCAGGUUUUGCACACAAACUGGAGCGUCAAAAGGACGUGGAUGAAGGAGAACCUUUAGAGCUGAAGGCUAAACUUGAUGGUAGCCCCAUUCCUACGGCUAAAUGGUUCAAGGACGGUACAGCACUCCCACCAGACGACACCCGGGUGGUUCAAACCGCACUUCCUGACGGUACAGUCAAGUUGACUAUUGAUCACGUUACCCCCGCUGAUUGCGGUGCUUACAAACUGGUGAUCAGCAAUCCACAUGGAGAGCAUUCGGCGUUGUGCGCUGUCGCUGUUAAUCCAACUCCUAGAAAGCCUUCCUUCAGUCAAGAACUGGAGGAUGUGAAAGCUGUUAUCGGACAACCUCUGAAGCUGGAAGCCAAGGUUAUGGCGUUCCCGGCACCCGAAGUCAAAUGGUUCAAGGAUGGUCUCCCAGUCCGUCCAUCGCAAGCAGUCAACUUUAUCAACCAGCCCGGCGGAUUGAUUGGCCUGAGUAUCGACAGCUGCAAACCUGAAGAUGCGGGUGUAUACUCGCUCACUGUCACAAACAAGCUAGGAGAGAUUGGAUCCAAAGCAAAGGUGGACGUUACACAGAAGGAACGCAAGCCGGCAUUUAUUGCUGAACUGCAGCCUAGUAAAGUCAUCGAAGGUUUCCCAGUUAAACUCGAGGUUAAAGUGCUUGGACAUCCCCAGCCCACCCUGAAAUGGACUCACAACGGCAAAGAAAUCGUUCCGGAUGGAGAGCAUAUUCGUGUAGUGUCGCAGCCUGAUGGAACUCACGCUUUACUACUUGACAAGGCGACAGCGGCUGAUGCUGGCAAGUACGGCGUUGUUGCCGUCAACGACAAAGGCGAAAGCGGCAGCUCUGCUGAACUUACUGUAGCCAGUCGAAAAGAUGACUCCACACCACAAGAGCGUCCGCAGUUCAUCCAUGGCUUACGUGAUCUAACCGCUGAGGAGGGACAACCGCUCUCGGUCUCUGCUCCAUUUGUGGGUAAUCCGGUUCCAGAAGUCACCUGGACUAAGGAUGGAAAACCUCUCAAGCCUAGUGAAAAGAUCCUGCUUACUUGUGACGGAAAGAGGGUGGGUCUAGAGAUCAAUCCUGUAGAACUGCCAGACGCUGGAGUUUAUGCAGUGAAGUUGGUAAAUCCUCUGGGUGAAGACACUUCUGAAGGCAAAAUUAAUGUACGCAAAGUCUACCAAGCCCCCACAUUCAGUCAGAAGUUCACUGACUUGCAGCAGCUUCCAACAUUCGACGCAAAAUUCCCCGCUCGUGUCUUCGGUAUUCCCUCACCAGAUAUCACGUGGUACAAGAACGGCUCACUCCUGAAACCCAGUGAUAAAUAUACCAUAAAGAGAGACGGAGAUGCUUGCUGUCUCUACGUCAGAGAUCUGACGUUAGAUGAUGCUGGAUCGUACAAAUGCGUGGCUAAGAACAAAGAGGGCGAAGCCAGUUGUGAGGCCAAUUUAGAAGUUGUUGAUAAAAUCGCUCGAAAGCAAAAGGUGGAGCCGCCAUCGUUCCUCAAAAAGAUUGGAGACAUCGAAGUGUUCCGUGGUAUGAGUGCCAAGUUCACCGCCUGCGCUACCGGCACUCCUGACCCUGACGUUGAAUGGUUCCGUAACGAUGAGAAGCUGUUCCCAUGCGAACGCAUCCGACUGGAUAAGGAAACCACCGGUCUUUUGAGGCUAACCCUGAGUGGAGUAGACCCCAGCGAUGUGGGCACCUACAAGUGCAGAAUAUACAACCCCCACGGAGAAGACUCCUGUACUGCUAACCUUACCUAUGACACCCUAGAACCUCAUACCGGCAAGCGACCCAUCGCCGACCAGUACUCAGACUUCGAUAAGAUGAAGAAGACAGGCGUCCCCAUGCCUCUGGCAGACAGACCCAUCAUCUCUCGCAUGGCUGAUAGACAUCUCACCCUAUCGUGGAAACCUUCCAUUCCACAUGGUCCUAGGUUCCCUGUUACCUAUCAGGUGGAGAUGUGUGAAGUGCCCGAUGGUGACUGGUUUACAGCCCGCACGGGACUCCGUUCCUGCGUCUGCGAUAUCCGCAACUUAGAACCCUUCCGCGACUACAAAUUCCGCAUCCGUGUCGAGAACAAAUAUGGCGUCAGCGAUCCCUCUCCAUACGCCAUUACACACCGAUCUAAGUUGGAACCCGACCCGCCUAAAUUCAUUCCAUAUUUGGACCCUGGUAUUGAUUUCAGACCAGAAACUUCUCCAUACUUUCCCAAGGACUUUGAUAUUGAAAGACCUCCUCAUGAUGGUUAUGCCCAAGCUCCACGGUUCCUGCGUCAAGAGCAUGACUCCCAGUAUGGUGUUAAGGGCCAUAAUGUGAAUUUGUUUUGGUUCGUGUACGGCUAUCCUAAGCCUAAAAUGACAUACUUCUUUAACGAUGAACCGAUUGAUAUUGGUGGAAGAUACGAUUGGAGCUACACCAGAAAUGGACAGGCUACCCUGUUUAUUAACAAGAUGCUGGAACGCGAUGCUGGAUGGUACGAGGCUGUGGCCACAAAUGAACACGGUCAAGCUCGCCAGAGAGUCAGGCUUGAAGUAGCAGAGUACCCUACAUUUAUCAGACGCCCAGAAGAAACAGUCGUUUUACAGCGCAAGACUGCUCGUAUCGAAGCCAGAGUCACUGGCGUACCUUACCCUGAUAUCAAGUGGUACAAGGACUGGCAGCCGCUUGCACCCAGUUCCAGGACCAAGAUUCAGUUUAUAGAACCGGAUAUUUGCAUCCUGAUAAUCAAUGACGCUAUACUGAAAGAUGAGGGUCUCUAUUCUAUUUCUGCGAGAAACGUCGCAGGAUCUGUUAGCUCUUCAGCCAUGCUGCACGUUGAAGAGUUGGAGCAUGAAUACUUAGACAGGAUUCGCGAACACCCGCCUCGUGUGAAGCCAAGUUUGAAACCGUUUGGUGACUUCUACGACCUUGGAGACGAACUCGGCCGAGGAGUGCAGGGAGUCGUAUACCAUGCUGCUGAAAGACUUACAGGUCGUAAUUACGCUGCCAAGAUUAUGCAUGGCCAUUCCGCUCUCAAGCCCUUCAUGAAGAACGAAUUAGAUAUCAUGAAUAUGCUCAAUGACCGUCACCUCAUCCGCUUGCAAGACGCUUACGAACAUGAGCAUACUCUUGCUCUGGUUCUUGAGCUGGCAGGAGGAGGAGAACUAGUUAGAGAUAGAUUGCUGAGGAGCCAGGGCUACACAGAAAGGGAGAUCGCAGGAUACAUAAGACAAGUUUUGAGGGGUAUCAAAUAUAUGCAUGAUAACAGCAUAGCCCAUUUAGGCCUGACGAUUGGAGAACUAUUACUCUCUCAUGCCGGUAGCGAUGAAAUCAAACUGUGUGACUUCGGUCUUUCCCGCCGGAUCCGAUUCAACGAACACGCUUCCUUGGACUACGGAAUGCCAGAGUUCGUAGCUCCUGAGAUCGCUCGAGGGGAGGGAGUCUCCUUUGGAGCUGAUAUGUGGAGUAUCGGAAUAAUAACUUACAUUCUCCUGAGUGGACAUUCUCCAUUCAGAGGAAUGAACGACAGGGAGACUCUUACUAGGAUCCAGGAAGGUCGAUGGGAAUGGCACGAUGAAGAAUGGUGGUCUCGCCUCAGCAAAGAGAGCAGAGAUUUCAUCUCGAAGCUCUUGGUGAUCAACUGGCAUGAACGUAUCGACGUUAACACCGCGCUCUCACACCCCUGGCUAACUCUUGCCGACAGAAUCUACCAAGAGGAGUACCAGAUUACCACCGACAGACUGAGGAACUAUUACAAUCUGUAUAGGGACUGGACGAGCAACGCUCAGUGCCGUACUUGGUUCCGCCGCCGACCGCUCAGUGGCGCCUUUGAGCAUCCCAGCAAGAUGGUCUACCCGCCAGGGGAGAUAUACACCCCAGAAGGCACUCCAGACCGUGCGCCUCACGACCGUACGCCUGGCGAAUUUGAUGUUAGCUUCAAACAAUGGGACCACCCCGACUGGGAAGUUUCUGCCAAAUCUGAGAGCCAUUACCAGAACGGCCCCGAUACUUACCUACUACAGCUACGUGACACGCAAUUCCCAGUGCGUCUGCGUGAAUACAUGAAGGUGGCAUGCUUUCGUUCACCUGGGUACCAACUUGCUGUGAGGGACACUUACGAUCCUAGGACGCCGAUAGUCCACGAGCGACGUCGCUUCACGGAUAUUAUGGACGAAGAAAUCGACGAUGAACGUCGCGAGAGAAUCAACAAUUAUGGUACAGAAUCCUAUACCAUCCGAAGACUUCGCCACGAGCUUGGCACUAGGCUCGACAGCUAUGCUGAAGCGCAGGCAUUUAUGGAAUCUAAAAAGGAUGGUCAACUUCCAUUCUUUAGAGAAAAACCUCAAUUACUUCCGAUCCGCGAAGGUGAACCAGCUCAACUAUCAUGCUACGCUGUAGGAGACCCCAAACCAUCCAUCCAAUGGUUCAAGAACGACAUGGUUUUAGCUGAAGGCCAGCGCAUCAAAAUUGUUGAAGAUGAAGACGGUAGAUCAACACUCAAAUUCGAGCCAUCUAUGCAUCAUGAUAUUGGUUAUUAUAAAGUUGUAGCAAGAAACAAAGUAGGUCAAACUCUGACCAGAACGAGAAUUGUCGAAGCCACGACUCCCGAUGCACCUGAUAGCCCAACUGCCAGCGAAACUUCAGACACCGAAGUGCUUCUAAAAUGGAGGCAACCUAAAUAUGAUGGAAACAGUCCAGUUAUUUGCUAUAGUCUCCAAUACAAAGCCGGAGAUAGUGUAGAAUGGAUAGAAGUCGCAAAUAAUAUAGACCAUGAAUUCUUCGUAGUCCGCGGUCUGCAGCCCGCCACCAGCUAUCAAUUCAGAUUAUCUUCACGUAAUAGGAUUGGAUGGAGUGACAAAGGCAUCCCCACUAACUUAAUAAAGACUAAAGAAUCCGGUGCACCGAAGAUCGAAGUUACCAAAGCCAUGAGGCAUCUUCAACAGUUAACCGAAUCUGGACAAGAAAUUGUUCUGGUAGAGGAUAAACCCAAAUUGGAUUAUAGCACUGAAGAUAAUCCAAUGGAAUGGGUAUCGUCACAGGCUUUUACGGAACGCUUUACAUUUGUUUCUGAAUUAUGGCGUGGAAAGUUCUCGAUUGUCGUAAAGGGUGCUGACAGAACCAACGACACUCUAGUUGUAUCGAAAAUUCUAGAAAUCCGACCCGAAACCGAAGUACAAGUUCAGAGGGAAUUCGAUUGCUUGAAGAGGCUUAGACACGAGAGAAUAUCAAACCUCCUAGCAGCCUACCAAGCUCCUGGAUCACCAAUCGCAGCAUUAAUAAUGGAAAAACUACAAGGAGCUGAUAUUUUAACUUAUUUGUCUAGUCGUCACGAAUACACUGAACAAAUGGUAGCCACAAUUGUCAAUCAAAUUCUUGAUGGUCUUCAGUACCUGCACUGGCGAGGAUACUGUCACCUGGACCUUCAACCUGAUAACGUUGUGAUGGCGUCAGUUAGGUCAAUUCAAGUUAAACUGGUCGAUUUUGGUUCCGCGCACAAAGUUAACAAGUUAGGUACCAGUGUACCGCAAGUCGGAUCAUUGGAAUAUAAAGCACCAGAAAUAAUAAACGACGAGCCGGCGUACCCUCAAACUGACAUCUGGUCCCUCGGAGUACUUACAUACAUCAUGCUAUCAGGAGUAUCACCAUUCAGGGGACAGGAUGACCUUGAGACGAAACAGAACAUCUCCUUCGUUAGAUACAGAUUUGAGCAUCUCUACAAGGAAAUCACUGCGGAAGCGACACGGUUCCUGAUGUUCUUGUUCAAGAAAGUCCCGCUGAAGAGACCAUCUGCCGAAGAAUGUUACGAACACCGGUGGUUAACACAGAGUGAUUUCAUGAACAAGAAGAGGGAGAGAGCCGUCUUUCUCGGCAACAGGCUAAAGGAGUUCUCUGACGAAUAUCACGAAAAGAAAACUCGGGAGGCAUCAGGGGCUGACACAGUGUCUGCGGCCUUCGGACCAGUCUCCCCCAGACUCCUCACCCGCUCCAACAGUAUUCAGGACGAACUGCUCACAACAUUUGCAACACAUUGA